CAAUUCUCCAAGUUGGAAAUUAUAGAUGCCUUUCUAUAUUUUGUAUUUGGAGUUAACUCCAUUAGAUAGCACCACAAUACAUAUGUGUGUGUGUGAGUGUGUGUGUGUGUCCGUGUUUAUAUAUAGCAGUUGCAACAAAUGGACCUCCAAAUGGGCCCUAAAGCUAUAACAGACUCAGCCCUGCAGUUACAAAACCGAGUGGGGACAGACCGCGGUUCCGCUCUGGCGACGUUGGUGGUGCGUACUUCUCGUUAGAAACAUAACAAAGGUUAGUUAGACCUUGAGGGAAGAGCACGUGAUCGGCGAUGUUGGUGAGCUUGAAAGGGACCGAGAUGAGUUGGGAGGGCUCAGGUUCACGGCCUCACGGGAAUCCAUCCCUUCUCUCACGAGCCACCUUUGUGGACCCUGUACGCACCCACCACAAACACCCACGCACCCACUCACGCACCUCCCAUCCAUUUAUCCCUAGCUGAAAUCCUCUCGACCUUUCACCUUUAUUUUUUUCCUUCUAUUUUGUGUUCUCGCUCCCAAAUUUAACCUACUCACAGUCCAUGGAUCGAAACUUCGAAGGAGAACUUUUCUCGCACAAAAUACCCACCGAAAGCUUGCUUUAUUACUCUUGGGUAACAUAGAAAGCUGUGAGUGGUGCAGGACGUAGCGAGGUUCUCUGGCCAUUCGAAAAAUAGCCCCAUGAACCCCAGGUUGAAGUGGUUGGGCAUAACUCGUUAGCUGAUGGAAAGUUGCGUGGACGUAUGCUAAUAAAGGGCCUCAGAAAUGUCCCUGUUCCCAAAAUAUCAUCUAAAUUACAAAAGGGAAGGGCUAGGGUAUCCCUCCUUGGAUGGCUGUUUUAUGAAUAAAGGAGGAGGGCUCUACCCAUCCUUAGGCUACAGCCCUAUGCUCCCCGUACCUGUUGCCAUGCUUCUCCUCUCGUAACAAUACGAUCUCUUCUCUGUCCUUAAUUACAAUUUACAAACACAAGAAUUUAAAUAAUUUUUUGAGAGGCUAAGGUUUGAAAUAUAUAUCCUAAGACAACGACUUGGUUUUGUAGGUUUAGUGGGAUGGGUUAAGGUGUGCAUGUUGUUAGAGGGAUUAUCGAGAAGGGACAAAGGCUUCUGUUCUCUGAGGACACAGCCUGCAGCACCAGCUGAGGCUGGCUCGGCAGUGGCCAGCCCAGUCCCAAGCCAUCUUUAUCAAUUCUGACGAGCACUUUAUUUGUUGGCAUGCCACCAUGCAUGCAUGGGGUGACUGUUGUUAUUUACCCAUUCAACAUCAAUCUGCUCUGCUCCAUCUUUUUCCUCCACUCAGUUGAGCGGCUUGCAUGGAUCGGAAACAUGGAGCUUUAUGACAGGGUCAGGCUUGGACUAGGCGAAACUUAAGGGUGAUGAGGCCUGUCAUUUUAGAAGGUGAACGUUAAGUCUACUAUCACAUGCGGUGGAUGGAGGACUAUAAGUUAAAAGGGCGGGUUGAAAGUAAUUUUGUUGGGCGAUGUAUACUUCGGUAUGGCCAGUUACAGUCCGUUGCCAUGACCCCACAUAUCAUCACGAACUGAAGCAAUCCAUCAGAACUUCAUCAUGCCACCACUCUUGUUUCAUAUUGUGUCAGAUGGACUCAGAUGCAUUAUUUAUUUAUUCGUUUCCGAUCGUUCUCCCCCAGGUUCCUCUCUUUCCACACUCUUCUUAUUACGUGCUUGCACUUUCUUGUGCCAAGAGAUUUCUCUCUUCCGCUAUUGCUACUUCCCAUCCUCCCUCCUCCCCCGGCGCUUUCAAUAGUUUUAUUUAUUCCACCAAAUCCAACCCAUCUGUACCAGUAUUUAUUUCAAAUCCUCCUCUCCUCCCACUUGAUGACAAUCACAAGCAUCAAUCAAACGUGCCUUUACCUCGCAAUCCCAUGCAUGAAACCAUUGAAUAAGACUCCCUCCUUGCCUCCUCCGCAGGAAAACUAGGACAACCAUCCAACACCUACUUCCUCCUUUCCAUCUCACCUCCCUCCUACAAACCCACAUAACACUCUCUACCCUUCUUCUCUUCCUCUCCCAAUUCCCCUCCUUUUCCCAUCACCAAUUACGACUGAAAUAGAUAAGGAAAUGAUGGUGUCGCCAGCAGCUGACGAUUCUCAGUCCUCAGAAGGGCGCAAGAGCACCACCACCCCGCUUCACCCGCCGGAGCAAGGCCUCAAAUGCCCGCGGUGCGACUCCCCCAAUACCAAAUUCUGCUACUACAACAACUACAGCCUUACCCAGCCAAGGCACUUCUGCAAGACCUGCCGCCGGUACUGGACCAAAGGCGGCGCCCUCCGCAACGUGCCUGUCGGCGGUGGCUGCCGUAAGAACAAGAAAUCCAAAUCGUCAGCCUCAACCCGCCUCCCCUUUGAUCCCGCGGACCCCAUCACCGCCGGGAUCCCUGAACCCGGCAGUGGCCUCAAAUUCCUCACUGGGCCCUCCCCGCCUGCAGUCGACUUCCAGCUAGGCGUCCUCCCUUUUUCAAGGCUGCACGCUCCCACCACUUGUGGCGUCUUGAGCAUCAGCAACCAAUUCAUCUCCUUCGAGGACUUCUCCUCACCCGCCGCUAUCUCAUCUCCGGCCGUCACGAUGGCUUCUUCUAUGGUGGGGUUCAAUUACCCAACUUCUUCCAUCGGGUUCUAUAGCGACGUAGGUGGUGGCUCUUCCUCGACGGUGAAUAGCAAUACCCACGGUAAUAUUGCUUCUUCGAUCGAAUCUUUGAGCUCUGUAAACCAAGACCUUCACUGGAAGCUUCAACAGCAGAGGCUGGCUAUGUUCUUUGGAGGGGAGGCCCGUAAGGAGAGCAGUGUGUCUCCUCUUCCAACCCCUCUUCUGGAGAACCAGCCAGAGCCCAUCUCUUUUCAGGUCCCAGACAGCUCCAGAGCUGAUGUUUGUGGGAGCAGUGGGACGAGAAAUGGAUGCGUUAGCAGUAAUGAAACCCCACCGACAUGGUUUCUUGAGAGCACUUACACGAUGCCCGCCUCCGCCACCGCCAAUACCACCACCAAUUCUCACAACAACAACUCCAACAACAACAACAAAAACAGCAACAACAACAGCAGCGACAACAACUCUAGCAAUUGGAAUGGAAUCCCAGCUUGGAAUGACAUGACCCAGUUUGCGACUCUGCCUUAGUACAAGCGGUCAAACGGGAGUUUCCCAUGCUAUCCUAUUUCUUGAUCUUUCUGGUUCCCCGGUCUCCUUAGUUUGCAGUUAAAGCAAUCUGGGGAGGCGAGAAUGAUGGAAGAUUUUCUUAAAGAGGGUGAUUGAUGGGUUGUGUUCAACGUCUUCUGAUGAUGCUCUCUUGUUUGCUUGGUUCUUUUGCGCUCGCUGUGUCUCUCUCUCUAACUUCUUAUGUCUUAUUUCGUUUCUUCUGGUUUUCUUUCUGAUAAUCUUGUUACAAAGCUGCAGGACUAUCCCAUAGUAAUAAAAGUAAGUUUAUAGUUGAAA